CUUUAUCUCACGACCCUGUCUGAAUCCACGAGAGUCACCAGUGAUGGAGUCAAUCUCGCCGUUUGAAUUCCUUCGAGUCCUUGAGGCUUUGAAGAAUAUCCAGCGUCAGGGUUGGGCAAAGCGGGGAAUUCAGUCCCCAGAAAGCGUGAGUGAUCACAUGUAUCGUAUGGCUGUGAUGGUUUGGAUGAUUCCCAAGGUAUGUUCACAGAGGACAAUUCACAAAAAGCCUUACUGCCAACUACUAGAUCGACGAUGAAAUUCGAAUGCGAGCGGUCAAGAUGGCAUUGGCCCAUGAUAUGGGCGAAGCGAUUGUUGGAGAUAUCACUCCGUCAGAUGGCGUCCCAAAAGACGAGAAGCUACUCAAAGAACGCCUCGCCCUUGCCUACCUUGCAUGCCUCAUCAGACCGGUGAAUCCAUCUUUUGCCGAUGAAAUAGAGGAACUCUGGUCAGAGUUUGAAGCUGGUGAUAGCAAAGCAGCGCAGUUGGUCCGCAGUGUCGAUGCUCUAGAGUGUAUGCAUCAGGCUGUGGUAUAUGAAGAGCGCUCGCAACUGGUGAAGGACCUUGGCGAAUUCAUGGAACUGGAGACAAAAGUCAGUGCGCCAGAGCUCAGAGACUGGGUGAGGAGUUUAAAGCAAGAGAGAGACACACUAUGGUCUUCCAAAGUGACACAGGAUCUGACCGUCUUGUUUAUCCUGGGAGGCCCCGGCGUAGGGAAGGGAACGCAAUGUGCUCGAAUUACUCAGGACACAUCCUCUGUGCACAUUUCAGUCGGCGAUCUCCUUCGUGAAGAAACAAAGGCUACCUCGUCUGGGUUCGCCGACUUUAUCAAGGACAGCAUCAGAAACUCAGUUAUCAUUCCGGCAGAUUUUUCAGUACGUUUAAUACAAAAGCGAAUUGGAGAAUCUCAAAUGGAAAAAGGUUCCAUUGUUAUUUUGGAUGGAUUUCCGAGGAGCUUAGAUCAGGCCCGUGCUUUUGAGGAAAAGAUCCGAGGAAGAUUCUUUACCAUACUUCUAAAAUGCUCAGAAGAAGUUCAGCUACAUCGCUUAAGCCGACGCUCGGAGUCAUCUGGCCGGAUUGACGAUAAUGACGACUCCAUAAAGAAACGUUUACGAACAUUCUCUCAGGAGAACUUGAAAAUUGAAAAGUAUCUUCAAAGCAAGGGUCCAUUUUGGACGAUCGAUGCUAACGGUUCCGUCGACGACGUGUACGCUUCCAUCAAGGUUGUUGUGGACGAGAUCACGAAAGAUGCAAGUCAAUAAAACGAGAACCACAGUUGCGCGCAAACAAUGCGGUGCGAUGUCGGUCUUUCCUCUUUACGGCCGGAAACUUUAUUCCGAUCUGUUGACUACAUAUACGCUUCUGUCAAUGCUGUUCUUGAAGGAAUAAUUCGUGAUGCGGUUGCGUUAACCAUCUCGUACCGAACUCGGACAGCUGUCCAAUCAAUAUGAUGCUUACUAGACCCGUCAGUCCC